UUUGGCCCACUGAUAAUACAACCCAACGGUCAUCCUGCCACGUGUCUCCACUUGUUAAUGCCAUUCUCGAAAUUAGAAACAGUGGGGAGCGCCGGGGAAUUUGAUGAUCAGAAAAAGAACCAGCGACGGCGGCAUUAAUCGCCGCAGGCGACUGAGUAUAUGGCAAAAAUGCACCAACUUUCGAACUCUGAAGCAGAUCCACGCUUGCAUGAUCAUCAAUGGAUUCAAUUCAAAUGUUCGAUACCUCAGAGAACUCAUUUUCACGAGUGCCAUGGAAUUUUUGGGCACUAUGGAGUAUGCCCACCAAGUGUUUGCUCAUAUUGCUGAACCAGACAUUUUCAUGUGGAACACCAUGAUCAGAGCCUCCGCUCAAAGCUCAAACCCCCUAAAGGCCGUUGCUCUGUAUGCCCAAAUGGAUAAUCAAGGUAGAAAGCCUGAUAACUUCACUUUCCCCUUUGUGCUUAAGGCUUGCACCAAGCUUUCCUGGGUUAAGACGGGUAAUGCAGUUCAUGGAAGGGUUGUGAAAUUCGGGUUCCAGUCAAAUCCAUCUGUACGAAAUACUCUUAUAUUCUUUCACGCUAAUUGUGGAGACUUGAAGAUUGCAAGCGCACUUUUUGAUGAUGAUGCGAAGACGGACGUAGUUUCAUGGUCAGCACUAACCGCGGUAUAUGCCAAGCGAGGGGAUCUGACUGUGGCGCGUCAACUAUUUGAUGAAAUGCCCGUAAGAGAUUUAGUUUCUUGGAAUGUAAUGAUAACUGGGUAUGCUAAGCAAGGAGAGAUGGAGAGCGCGAGAAAGCUGUUUGACGAAGUUCCAGAGAGAGACGUGGUUACUUGGAACGCAAUGAUCGCUGGUUACGUGCUUCGUGGCUCGCAUGAACAGGCGUUAGAUCUGUUUGAGGAGAUGAGAACAGUUGGGGAACGCCCAGAUGAAGUGACAAUGUUGAGUCUGUUAUCUGCUUGUGCCGAUCUAGGAGAUUUGGACAUCGAUCAAAAUAUACAUAGCUACAUCUUGGAAAUGUGUUCGGGAGAGUUAAGCACAAUAAUUGGGAAUGCACUUAUUGACAUGUAUUCCAAGUGUGGAAGCAUAGAAAAGGCGAUUGAAGUGUUCAGAGCAAUUAGAGACAAAGAUGUGACCUCGUGGAACUCAGUCAUAGGAGGCUUGGCUUUCAAUGGCCAUGCUGAGGAAACACUUGAUAUGUACAGGGAGAUGCAGAUGACCACAAUCAGACCAGAUGAGAUCACCCUUGUGGGAGUCUUGGCAGCUUGCAGCCAUGCCGGUAAAGUUGAUGAGGGUUAUCGAUAUUUUGACCAUAUGAGAAGUGAGUGUAAAAUUGAGCCCAACAUUAAGCACUAUGGUUGCAUGGUAGACAUGCUGGGACGUGCUGGACUAUUGAAGGAAUCGUUUGAUUUCAUAGACUCAAUGAAGAUUGAACCUAAUGCAAUAGUAUGGAGGACUCUGCUUGGAGCUUGCAGAGUUCAUGGAAAUGUGGAGUUGGCAAAACUGGCGAACGAAAAGCUUCUUGGAAUGAGAAAGAACGAGAGUGGUGACUACGUAUUGCUGUCUAACGUAUAUGCUUCAAGAGGUGAGUGGGAUGGGGCUGAGAAAUUAAGGAAAGUAAUGAAUGAGAGUGGCGUAAAGAAGAAAACUGGGUACAGUUUAGUUGAAGCAGAUGACAGGUCUCUGAUGCGUUAUUUAUUUGACUCAAGUCGUAAGUUGAGAUCAAGAAGCCAAAUAUAGCCGCGAAUUGGGGAUAAGAUGCCAUCAGAUCCCAUGUUCUACUCGGUUCAUAUGUAUAUUUUGUUGGAUAUUUAUAGGUUUCUUUUGACAAUAAUAUUACUUAGCUGGGAAAAUGGCUGGAACAUGUCAAUGGGAUUGAGGGUUCCAUUCUAUAUUACGGGAAUGUCUUCAUUUUUCA